AUGGAAACACAUCACGACUUUGCAGAUGGCGUUUAUAACCGAUCGACAACCUCUUCCACGAUGUGGUUCAGUCAAAGGUCUAUCCAAAUCUCGAAUCAAUUCCAUCAAAAGAAAUAUCCUAUUUAUCGGCAAAAUUACCUAUCUGCUGCUGCUGCUGCGUUUUGUCUGCCUAGCUGUUGUUGGAUUAACAUCGUCCCAUGUAACAGAAUCACUUCUUGA